AUUGUAUGUGGCUGUAAAGUAUCAGGAUUUUCAUGGAUCACGCAGUUUAACGUACGUUUAAGUUGUUUUCUUUGUUAAAUGAUCUAUGUCUAUUUGUUUAAAUUAAUUUAAAUGUGUUUUAUGUACAUUCACUUCUAAUGAAGUAACUGAUUUAGUUCUAUAUGCAUGCCAAGGACAGGCUGGAUAUAGUCAGAUAAUAACAACAUUAUUAGCAAUGUUGACAUUUACAUUUACAUUUUCAUAGCUACCAGCCCAUUUACUCCCCAUUUGAUUUAGGGAUUUAGUCAAAUGUGUCGGCAACAUAAUGUAGUCUAGAGUCAAAUGUUUUGGCAAUUCAUGUUUUAAUUUGAUCAGCUAUUACGAAUUAAGUACAGUCUAUAUUGUUUUUACGUUUGGACAGCUUGUCCUUUUUAAAUAAAAGCCAUAAUAAGUCCGCGCCCAGAUGUAAUCGGUUUCCCUUAUCCAACAAUUAGGAAACGAUACAAUGUAUUAAUAGUUUCACUUUGUUUACACUUCCCCACUUCCUCUUUCGGCAAUAUCGGGGUCUGAGUGGAGCUUUGUUAGUCUCUCACGUAUUGCAAUCGAUCGAUGGACUUUCUCAUGUUUGAAACCUUGUUGUGUGCGAACAUAAUCUACUUUCAGCGACAAGUAAAAUGUUUAAAGGACAAGUGCACAAUGUUUUCGCCUUCCGGGGAUUGAUAGUCAGACAUUACCUUGUCCUUACGCAACAGUUUGCAAUGACCGCAAUCUUGUUUCAGCCACAACAAAAUCUGUUCCACUCAGAAGAUACAACUAACGUUAUGCAAUUUAAACACAGACAUACACAAUAUAUAAUACUGUGCACAUUUGCACCCAUCACGUUAAACUGCUUUACUAGGCUAAGAUAGAGAGAGAAAUAACGUUAAUAAAUAAGAAAGGAAGAACCAAAGAAAAAGACAGUCACAGCUGAAUUAAGAAGUGUGAUACAGUAUUUUAGAAUUUGCUGUAUGCCUAACUGUCUGCCUGCAUAUUUUAUAGACAUAUUUGCCUUUGUAGCCUGAGUGCCAACCUAAUAAUAUCCACUUCACUUAUCAUAGAUAAGACUAAGCAAAACUCUCAGUGCAGUAAAUGAUAGGUGUGGAGGUGAGGCCAUGGCUGCUGUGUUAAAUAUGAUCUCUAUGUAACCUAACAUGCUGACCACACCGUCCGUGUUGCGUGCUAUAGCAUUGCAAAAUAAAUGUACACAUACAUGUUAUUCAAUCAUUGAAUCCAAACUGCUCUCGCGCGUCAACAAGCGUCUGUAUAGCCAGGCGCUAAAAUAGAAUUUUAUUCUAUUUUUGAUGCUUGACAUGUUAAAGGGUCCCACCUCUCCCAUCUCCUCAUUAGGAGCAUAUAACCAUGUGGGUAAUUGAAAGAUGAACUGAGGUCCACACUCCAGUCCAGUUGGUGGUGGUAAUGCACCUUAAAGUUGGUUGCCAACCACCAUAUAAAGUCCACAGAAGAAGAAAAAGACUGAAGAAGGAGAGAUUACUAGAAACAAACUAGAUUUCCCCUUUUAUCUGUGGAUUAAUCGUCGGAGUAGAGAACACACGAUUUUGUGUGACUCAAAGUGUCAGAAUUCUACAAAGAUCCAGAAAAAAAAGGACCUUGUGCAUUUCAGGUAAAAUAACAACGCAAUGUUUAUAUCCCAGGACAAAUUAGCUAGCAACAUCAAGCUAGCUAGCUAAAUUCCAUGAAUGUUUCAUGCGUUUUGACCUGUCCCCAAAUUAAUAUAGUUGGUCCAGAGUUCUUUUUGAUAUUUCAACCUGCGUGUCCAGAUUGCGUCUGGUGUGGAUGGACAAAAUCAACAUGCGCGCGAUGCGCGUGCCCAGUCUAGUCAGCAUGUAAUGUAGCUGGCAUAAAAGAAAAGCCUGAGCAGCGUUUCAUUUUUUAUGGCCCUGACAAGAGAAAAAAUCAGUUGGGGAAGGUUCUCUUCUGCACUGGUGAAUCAAUCCAGUAAAUGUGGAGGAGGAGGAGUUACAUGCUGACUACACUGGGCACGCACAUGCGUCCGCAUGCGUACAUAUUGAUUUUGUCCAUCCACACCAGAUGAGAUCAUGACAUGCAGGUUGAAAUAUCAAAAAGAACUCUGAACCAACUAUAUUAAUUUGGGGACAGGUCAAAACACAUGAAACAUUCAUGGACAUUUAGCUAGCUAGCUUGCUGUUGCUAGCUAAUUUGUCCUGGGAUGUAAACAUUGGGUUGUUAUUUUACCUGCCCCAAUGCAUAGUGCCAACUGUAAAGUUUGGUAGAGGAGGAAUAAUGGUCUGGGGCUGUUUUUCAUGGUUCGGCCUAGGCCCCUUAGUUCCAGUAAAGGGAAAUCUUAACGCUACAGCAUACAAUGACAUUCUAGAUUAUUCUGUGCUUCCAACCUUGUGGCAACAGUUUGGGGAAGGCCCUUUCCUGUUUCAGCAUUAAAAUGCCCCCGUGCACUAAGCGAGGUCUAUACAGAAAUAGUCUGUCGAGAUUGGUGUGGAAGAACUUGACUGGCCUGCACAUAGCCCUGACCUCAACCCCAUCGAACACCUUUGGGAUGAAUUGGUACGCCGACUGCGAGCCAGGCCUAAUCGCCCAACAUCAGUGCCCUACCUCACUAAUGCUCUUGUGGCUGAAUAGAAGCAAGUCCCCGCAGCAAUGUUCCAACAUCUAGUGGAAAGCCUUCCCAGAAAAGUGGAGGCUGUUAUAGCAGCAAAGGGGGGCCCUACUCCAUAUUAACGCCCAUGAUUUUGGAAUGAGAUGUUCGGCGAGCAGGUGUCGACAUACUUUUGUAUGUGGUGUAUGUGUACAUGCCGUAGAGUGUAUGUGUACAUUUAUUUAGCAACGCUCACACACGCAACGCGGCUGGUGUGGUCAGCAUUUUAAGGUGGAGUGUUGCCUAGUGUCGCCUUGUUAAUACAGAGUUUCUAAAACCAGAGGCGAGACUUGCGAAACUGACUUGCGAAACAGACCAAGCAGACCAGGCCGGGGUUUGAGAAGUCAAAGGGAGAAGUGAAAAAUCUUAGUACAUUUUCUCGAAAUGUAAAGGCACAACCUAGAUUCGAGCCAAUGUCUUAACUAGUUGAACAUGUUAAUACUCCAACCUUGUGAAAGUGAAAAACUUCAUUUUUGUUCAAAACAACUUUAUAUCGAAGAAGUGUCUUUGAUUUGAUGGCCUCCACAUGCUCAGUUCGGUGCGAGAUGACCAUUAGACCCGCUGACAUAUUUCUACGCAUGAGCUAAGCUAGCCAACGUCGCCAUGACAUCGCCUACAAGUGUAAUCAGGGAUUUCUAUUGGAGAAGCAGUUUCUGCCUAUCUUUUAGACUGUACUGUCUUUGUUGUUAACGUCCAAAAGCGGUAGGCGCGUCACAGGCUCUCUUUCCAUUUCCCAUGAAAAGCAGAUGCAUCCAGUUGUUCUGGCCUCGCAGAGGGUGAUCUCUAUGCAACCAGACAGCCAAGAGCACCAUAUUCUAAAAGUGAGUUCCAUGUGGAGCUCAUAGAAAAACUCACAACCUAAAAGUACAUCUAAUUCUUUCUUUCUCAGACUUGUCUUGUGUUGAGCCAACACUGAGCUGACAGGCUUAUGCACCAGCAUAAAUAUUUCUCAUUUUUAGCCACAACCUAGGUGGAGUUCAAACCACAAGUUGGGAAACACUGCAUGGUCUCCAGUGGUGCUUAGAAAUGUGUAAUGAAAGUGUGUGUGUGUGUGUGUUUGACUGUAUGUGUGUGUGUGUGUGUGUGUUUGACUGUAUGUGUGUGUGUGUGUGUGAGUGGGUGUGUGUGAUAUAGUGAGUGAAUGACAGACAGACAGAAUGUGAAAGGGAUGUAGUACUGUGAUGUAGGGCUGGUCCAUUUUUAGCCCAGUGGGACUAUCUAACUUGUUUUUUCCCCCGCAAAAUUAUCAUUAUGUGGCUAAUAAUGGGGGGCAGAUUUUUGGUCCCAGUCCCCCCCACCCGUGUGUGUGUGUCAGUACAUAAUUGUCUUUUGUUCCUGACUGUCCAUCUGAUUCUCUGAUUCAGCAGACUGUGUAUCACCCAGUGACCUGGUUGCCAUAGAGCCUGUCGGACCAUGGCUGCCGGUGUGGCUGUGGGGGAGAGCCAGCUUCAGAGGAUUAUCAGAGAUCUGCAUGGUACACUGCCAUUGUGUGUUUGUGUGCGUGACUGCGUGUGACUUCUCGCGUGUCAGUCCCUUUGUAACAACGAGUGUGUCCGGGCCUGUGUGAAUGUUACAGGGGUAGACCGCCACUGUAAAAGAAAGAUAGAAAGAGAGUAGGAUCACAGAGGUAGAGAAAGUGACAGAGGGGUUGCAGUGGCCUAGAUGUGACUGGCUUGGUCUUGGUUACAAGCCCAACAGCAUUUCUUUCCACACAUUGGUUGUCCCGUCUCCUCAUUGGAAGGACAUCAUGGAGCCGACCCUCUCCCCCAGCCCCCGGGGUGUGCCCCCCAGGGUGUGGCUGGGGCGACAGAGAGGCCCUGUCAGCAUGCAGCGAGAGAUAGAGGGGGUGAUUAGCCUCAGGGUGCACCCGUCGCAGGUGUCUUUCCUGUUUUUACGCUGGAUGAGAGGCAAGUGGGUAAUUGUACUGAGCUGGGACAUGUGAGGAAGGUGAAAGGGGACUGGGGGAUGUCUGUUUGGAGGAAGAGGUUGUAGGUAGGGAUUGAGGAGACAUGCCUGGGUGGAUAUACUGGGCUUUCAACUCUGUUUUGACCUGUAUAUUUAAAUGUAUCCAGGGCUCUGUGAGGAUAUUACAUAUGACUGUGUGUAUGUUUGGUGCAUUGUAAUGGUUUCUAGAAGUUCCAGGGUUUCUGUGCCCACUCAAAACGUUCCACAGAUACCGUGCCUAUUGACCUAGAUUGAUUUGAGUUUUUUUCCCAUUUAGUUCAAGAGAAAGAGGCUACCAGGUCAGGGACAAAUCACAGCAAUGUGUUUCUCUCAACAGGUAAAGGGCAUGUAGCUAGUGUCGUAGAAACUCUCAGUUCCUGUCAGCUGGUCUGAGUGAGGGGAAUGCUUGUGUGAAGUACAUGUAUUUGUAUGCCUUUCUGAAGUGUGUUCUCGCCUUCUUCUCAGAUAUGAGGUGAUCGAUCCUAGUACACUGAGUAGAAGAAGAGAGAAGUAAAGAAGAGAGGCAGCAAGAGAGAGAGGAGAAGGGAAGAGCAGAGAGAAGAGACGUAUGAGAGAGAGGAGAGGAGAGGAAGAGAGGAGAGAGAGAGAGAGAGAGAGGAGAGAGAGAGGAGAGAGAGAAGAGCGAGAGAGAGAGACCGGAGCAGAGAGAGAGAGAGAGAGAGAGAGAGAAGGGAGAGAAGAGAGAAGGAGGAGAGGGGAGAGAGAGAGAGAGAGGAAGAGAGACGAAGAGAGAGAGAGAGGAGAGAAGGAGAGAGAGAGAGAGAGAGAGAGAGGAGAAAGAGAGCAGAGAGAGAUAGAAGGAGAUAGAGAGAGAGAGAGAGUAAGCGCGAGGAAUGAGAGAGAGGAGAUAGGAGAGGAGAGAGAGAUAUGCGAGCAUAAAAGAGAGAGAAAGAAGAGAGCGAAAGCAGUAGAGAGAGGAGGAGAGAGACGAGAGAGAGAGCAAGUACGAGAGAGAUAAGAGAGAGGAGGAGAGAGUAAGCGAGAGAGAGAGAGAGGAGAUAGAGAGGAGGGGAGAAGAGAGAGAAGAGAGAGGAAGGAAAGAGAGAGAGAUAGAGGGAAGAUAUCUAAAGCAAAGUGGAUAAAUAGAGAAAAGUACAAGAAGAAUAAGUAUAAGAAUAGAGUAUAGCUAACGAAGACGAAAUAAAAUAGAGAGGAAAUAUAUAUCGUUAUCUCAGAGUAUUAUAUAGUAUAAUAUAGUAAUAGAUUUAUAGAUCUCGAGUGAUAUAUGAUAUGUCAAUGUAUAUGAAUAUAGGAUCAGUAGUUCAAUAUAUCAUCUCUAUCUCGUAUAUCUCUAGUCUCUCGCAUCCUAUCAUAUUUCAUCGUCUCUAUCCUCGUCCUCUAUCUCUUUUUCUAAUAGUCCUCGCCUCUAGUAUCUCUUUUCUCCUAUCUCUAUCUUCUCUUCUCUCUCUCUCUCUAUAUCUCUCUCUCGUUCUAUAUCUCUCGUCUCUCUCUCGCUCUCUCUCUCGCUCGCUCUCUCUCUCUCUCUCUCUCUCUAUCCCUCUCUCUCUCUCUCUCGUCCUCUCUCUCUCUCUCUCUGUCUCUCUCUCUCUCUCUCAUCCUCGCUCUCUCGCUCUCUCUCUCUCGCUCUCUCUCUCUGAACCACAGAUGCUGUUGCUGAGCUCACUAAAGAGUACAGGGAGAACGGGGAGCCAAUCACAGAUGAUAGUCCCAAUCUGCAGAAAUUCUCCUACAAACUGGAGUACCUUCUACAGGUGAGUCCCUCAAUGUUCAUAGACAGUGAGAUAGUACGAACAGUUUUUUCCCGUUCUUCAGUCGGGUCAAAGGCCCCAAAGCAACAUCCAGGACUGGUUAAUGAAUCAAUACAAUGUAUAGAACAAUCUUCUAUAGAACAAUCUGUUUUUUUCCCCAGACACAGAUUAAACAUCACGCUUUUUAGUCCAGGAUUAGGUUUAAUAUGUGUCCAGGAAACCACCUUACAGAGUCCAAGUCAAAUCAAGGCCAACCUGGCAUGCUCACCAAUAUGGCAUUGUUCACAUCUCUAUAAAGUAGGUCAUAUACAAUUUGUCGCUAACACGUCAUCUACGCUAUUCAGUUUGACCAGAAGGAGAAGACGACAUUUCUUGGCACCAGAAAAGACUACUGGGAUUAUUUCAGCGACUGUCUGGCCAAGAUCAAAGGAGCCAACGAUGGUAUCCGCUUUGUCAAAUCCAUCCCAGAGGUAUAUAGAGUUCAGCACUUUUUAAAAGUCAAUUAUAAGGAUCAUUAACUGUUAUUACACAAUGUAUAGUAGUAAUUCAUAUGUAAUGACAUUCUAUCUUUAGAGCUUUUUACCACCUUUUUAAACACUACUGUCACCAUUUCUGUGCACCCUCUAUCUCAAGUUAUGGAUACCAUUGCAGUUUUGGGUCUUAUUGUGCCACCAAAUGUGAAAUAACGAAGGAACAAAUUAACUUCAUCUACAAAUGAUCUACCAAAUCUGCUUUGACGCAUAUUUCACAACGGUGAUCCCUGUUGUGAUUUAAAGGGAUAAUACUCCUGACAUUGCAGCUGUUAUGGAUUGCAUUAUUAACGUAGAUUGUCUGUCUCACUGAUAAGUAGUUAUAAUGGCAUGGAGGAAUUUGGCAUUCUGCUGGGUAGUGGAUACUAGCCAUGAAAAACAAAUAAUCUUUGUUAACAGGAUCUACACAACAGAUGUCGUUGAAUAUGGAUGAUUGAUUAUAGGAAUGAAAAUGUUGAUUUUAACUAUCCUUUUAAUGGACACAUUCAGGAAGCACAUACAGUGCCUUCAGAAAGUAUUCAGACACCUUGACUUUUUCUAUAUUUUGUUAUAGCCUUAUUCUAAAAUGGAUUACAUAAAAACAUUUCCUCAGCAAUCUACUCACUUUACCCCAUAAUGACAAAGCGAAAACAGGUUCUUAGACAUUUUUGCGAUAAAAACAAAUAAAAUAAAAUACAAUAAAUACCUUAUUUACAUAAGUAUUCACACCCUUUGCUAUGAGACUCGAAAAUGAGCUCAGGUGCAUCCUGUUUCCAUUGAUCAUCCUUGAGAUGUUUCUACAACUUUAUUGGAGUCCACCUGUGGUAAAUUCAAUUGAUUGGACAUGAUUUGGAAAGGCGCACACCUGUCUAUAUAAGGUCCCACAGUUGACAGUGCAUGUCAGAGCGAAAACCAAGCCAUGAGGUCUAAGGAAUUGUCCUUAGAGCUCCGAGACAGGAUGGUGUCGAGGCACAGAUCUGGGGAAGGGUACCAAAAGAUUUCCGCAGCAUUGAAGGUCCCGAAGAACACAGUGGCCUCCAUCAUUCUUAAAUGGAAUAAGUUUGGAACCACCAAGAGACUUCCUAGAACUUGCCGCCUGCUGGCCAAACUGAGAAAUUAGGGGAGAAGGGCCUUGGUCAGGGAGGUGACCAAGAACCUGAUUUUCACUCUGACAGAGCUCUAGAGUUCCUCUGUGGAGAUGGGACAACCUUCCAGAAGGACAACCAUCUCUGCAGCACUCCACCAAUCAGGCCUUUAUGGUAGAGUGGCCAGACGGAAGCCACUCCUCAGUAAAAUGCACAUGACAGACCACUUGGAGUUUGCCAAAAGGCACCUAAAGACUCUCAGACCAUGAGAAACAAGAUUCUCUGGUCUGAUGAAACCAAGAUUGAACUCUUUGGCCUGAUGCCAAGCGUCACGUCUGGAGGAAACCUUGCACCAUCCCUACGGUGAAGCAUGGUGGUGGCAGCAUCAAGCUGUGGGGAUGUUUUUCAGCGGCAGGGACUGGGAGACUAGUCAGGAUUGAGGGAAAUAUGAACAGUGCAAAGUACAGAGAGAUCCUUGAUGAAAACCUGCUCCAGAGCGCUCAGGACCUCAGACUGGGGAGAAGAUUCACCUUCCAACAGGACAACGACCCUAAGCACACUGCCAAGACAAUGCAGGAGUGGCUUCUGUGCAAGCCUCUGAAUGUCCUUGUGUGGCCCAGCCAGAGCCCGGACUUGAACCUGAUCGAACAUCUCUGGAGAGACCUGAAAAUAGCUGUGCAGCAUUCUCCCCAUCCAACCUGACAGAGUUUGAGAGGAUCUGCAGAGAAGAAUGGGAGAAACUCAAGAAGACUUGAGGCUGUAAUCGCUGCCAAAGAUGCUUCAAUAAAGUACUGAGUAAAGGGUCUAAAUACUUAUGUAAAUGUCAUAUUUUAGUUUUCUAUGUUUAAUAAAUUAGCAAAAAUGUCUAAAAAUCUGUUUUUGCUUUGUCAUUAUGGGGUAUUGUGUGUAGAUUGAUGAGGUGAAAAAAACAAUUUCAUCAAUUUUAGAAUAAGGCUGUAACGUAACAAAAUGUUGAAAAAGUCAAGGGAUCUGAAUACUUUCCGAAAGCACUGUACGCUAAUUUAAGGCCUCAUUGGUGCUGCAGAUGAACAGCUAUCACAUAUAUUUGCUGUACGGCACUGUGAAUAUGUCCUUUAAUUUCCCCUUCCAGCUGAAGACUUCUCUGGGGAAAGGCAGGGCUUUCAUUCGUUACUCCCUGGUGCACCAGAGACUGGCCGACACGCUGCAGCAGUGCCUGAUGAACCAAAGGGUAACCAGGUAAAACUCUACCCAGAACAGGAUUCACAGAUGAUCAGUUGUUGAAAUCCCUGAGGGAUAGAGGGGUUCAUGUCUCAAAUAAAUAUCACACUUUGGACCUGCAAAGUGAGCAGACACUUUUUGUUUCACAUCUCAAACCUGACCCCACUUCGGCAACAGUUUUAGGUAUUAAACAUGGAUGCGUAGGUCAUAGGUUCAAAUUUGGGAUAGUGUUUGGCUAAAUUAAGACACUUGUUUAUGUUAUAGACUACUAUUCUGAAAUCGAUUGUUUCAAGUAAACAACGUUUCCUCCCUGAUUCUUGUUAGCGCCUUUCAUUUCUCUUUUCCCUUGUGGUGUUUUACUUCUGUAAACAUGUUUCCCAGUUCCUCAGGUGAGUAAACACAGUGUGCCGGUUCUUAUGUUACCAAAGGUUACUGGAAGCAGUGUCCAGUGGGAGGGGAUUAGACGUUGUCUGACUGAGUAGAGAUACAGUAUAUUGUGCCGAUCCGCUACUCGAAAAGUUACAUCUCCCGUUGUACAGAAUCAUGUCCCCCAUCUAUCCUCAGAGUUCGUACCGCUUGGUGACCUAAACUGGGAUAUGCUUAACACCCCGGCCAACCAACAAUCUAAACUAGAUGCCCUCAAUCUCACACAAAUUAUCAACGAACCUACCAGGUACAACCCUAAAUCUGUAAACUAAAUCUAAAUACACCUCCGCUGUCUUCAACCAGGAUCUCAGCGAUCACUGCCUUAUUGCCUGCGUCUGUAAUGGGUCCGCGGUCAAACGACCACCCCUCAUCACUGUCAAACGCUCCUUAAAACACUUUAGCGAGCAGGCCUUUCUAAUUGACCUGGCCCGGGUAUCCUGGAUGGAUAUUGACCUCAUUCCCUCAGUAGAGGAUGCCUGGUUGUUCUUUAAAAGUGCUUUCCUUUCAAUCUUAAAUAAGCAUGCCCCAUUCAAAAAAUUCAGAUCUAAGAACAGAUAUAGCCCCUGGUUCCCCUCAGACUUGACUGCCCUUGACCAGCACAAAAACAUCCUGUGGCGUACUGCAUUAGCAUCGAACAACCCCCGCGAUAUACAACUUUUCAGGGAAGUCAGGAACCAAUAUACACAAUCAGUUAGGAAAGCAAAGGCUAGCUUUUUCAAACAGAAAUUUGCAUCCUGUAGCACUAACUCCAAAACGUUUUGGGACACUGUAAAGUCCAUGGAAAAUAAGAGCACCUCCUCCCAACUGCCCAGUGCACUGAGGCUAGGAGACACUGUAACCACAGAUAAAUCUACAAUAAUCGAGAAUUUCAACAAGCAUUUUGCUACGGCUGGCCAUGCUUUCCACCUGGCUACCACUACCCCGGCCACCAGCUCUGCACCCUCUGCUGCAACUUGCCCAUGCCCCCCCCGCUUCUCCUUUACACACAUUCAGACAGCUGAUGUUCUGAAAGAGCUGAAAAAUCUGGACCCCUACAAAUCAGCUGGGCUAGACAAUCUGGACCCUUUCUUUCUAAAAUUAGCCGCCGAAAUUGUCGCAACCCCUAUUACUAGCCUGUUCAACCUCUCUUUCGUAACGUCUGAGAUCCCCAGAGAUUGGAAAGCUGCCGCGGUCAUCCACCUCCUCAAAGGGGGUGACACUCUAGAUCCAAACUGUUACAGACCUAUAUCCAUCCUGCCCUGCCUUUCGAAAGUAUUUGAAAGCCAAGUUAACAAACAGAUCACCAACCAUUUCGAAUCCCACCGUACCUUCUCCGCUAUGCAAUCUGGUUUCCGAGCUGGUCAUGGGUGCACCUCAGCCACGCUCAAGGUCCUAAACGAUAUUAUAACCACGAUCGAUAAAAGACAGUACUGCGCAGCCGUCUUCAUCGACCUGGCCAAGGCUUUGGACUCUGUCAACCACCGCAUUCUUAUUGGCAGUCUAAAUAGCCUUGGUUUCUCUAAUGACUGCCUCGCCUGGUUCACCAACUACUUCUCAGAUAGAGUUCAAUGUGUCAAUUCGGAGGGCCUGUUGUCUGGACCUCUGGCCUUCUCUAUGGGGGUGCCACAGGGUUCAAUUCUCGGGCCGACUCUAUUCUCUGUGUACAUCAAUGAUGUCGCUCUUGCUGCUGGUGACGCUCGGAUCCACCUCUUAUGCGGACGACACCAUUUUGUAUACAUCUGGCCCUUCAUUGGACACUGUGUUAACAAACCUCCAAACGAGCUUCAACGCCAUACAACAUUCCUUCCGUAGCCUCCAACUGCUCUUAAACACUAGUAAAACUAAAUGCAUGCUCUUCAACCGAACGCUGCUUGCACCCGCCCACCCGACUAGAAUCACUACUCUCGACGGGUCUGACCUAGAGUAUGUGGACAACUACAAAUACCUAGGUGUCUGGUUAGACUGUAAACUCUCCUUCCAGGCUCACAUUAAGCAUCUCCAAUCAAAAGUUAGAUCUAGAAUCGGCUUCCUAUUUCGCAACAAAGCCUCCUUCACUCAUGCUGCCAAACAUGCCCUCGUAAAACUGACUAUCCUACCGAUCCUUGACUUCGGCGAUGUCAUUUACAAAAUAGCCUCCAACACUCUACUCAGCAAAUUGGAUGUAGUCUAUCACAGUGCCAUCCGUUUUGUCACCAAAGCCCCCUAUACUACCCACCAUUGUGACCUGUACGCUCUUGUUGGCUGGCCCUCACUACAUAUUCGUCGCCAAGCCCACUGACUCCAGGUCAUCUAUAAAUCACUGCUAGGCAAAUCCCCGUCUUACCUUAGCUCACUGGUCACCAUAGCAGCACCCACCCAUAGUCUGCGCUCCAGCAGGUAUAUCUCACUGGUCAUCCCCAAAGCCAACACCUCCUUUGGCCGCCAUUCCUUCCAGUUCUCUGCUGCCAAUGACUGGAACGAACUGCAAAAAUCUCUGAAGCUGGAGACUCUUAUCUCCCUCACUAACUUUAAGCGUCAGUUGUCAGAGCAGCUUACCGAUCACUGCACCUGUACACAGCCAAUCUGAAAUUAGCCCACCCAACUACCUCAUCCCUAUAUCAUUUAUUUUGCACCGCAGUAUCUCUAUUUGCACAUCAUCUUUUGCACAUCUAUCAUUCCAGUGUUAAUACGAAAUUUUAACUAUUUUGCACUAUGGCCUAUUUAUUGCCUUACCUCCAUAACUUACUACAUUUGCACACACUGUAUAUAUAUUUUCUCUUUGUAUUUUUGACUUUAUGUUUUGUUUACCCCAUAUGUAACUCUGUGUUGUUGUUUUUAUCGCACUGCUUUGCUUUAUCUUGGCCAGGUCGCAGUUGUAAAUGAGAAUGUGACACUCUGGCUCUAUGGACUUUGAGAAUUGAGCCAGGGUUGUUCAUUUUCAUGUGUUUGGGUGUAUUUCAUUUGGUGGUGUUGGGGAUGGGUGAGUUUCAUUUUGUUUGUGUCUAUGGUGAUUGGUCUGUGACUCCCAAUCGGAGGUAACGAGUGUCAGCUGUCGGCUCGUUAUCUCUGAUUGGGAGCCAUAUAUAUUCUGUGUGUUUUCUCCUUUGUUUUGUGGGUUAUUGUUUCUGUGUUGCUGUUAGUGUGUUUCAGUAUUUUUGAACUUCACGUAUCGUCAUUUGUUGUUUUCUUCGUGGUUGCUUUAUUAAUAAAGUCAUCAUGUUCACUCGCAACGCUGCGCAUUGGUCUCCUCCUUCAGACGAUCGUGACAGAAUAACCCACCCCAAAAGGACCAAGCAGCGUAACAAGCGUGUCCAGGAGCCGAGGGUCUGGACAUGGGAAGAGUUAUUGGACGGAAAGGAUCCUUGGGCACAACCGGGAGAAUAUCGCCUCCCUCGUGAAGAGCUGGAGGCAGCCAAAGCCGAGAGGAGGUGGUACGAGGAGGCAGCGCGAAGGCGAGGCUGGAAGCCCGUGGAAGAGAGGCAACCCCAAGAAAUUUUUGGGGGGGGGCACAUGGCUUGGGCAGCUGGGCAGCAGGAGGCUGCCACAGGUAGAGCUGGAGAAAAGGCUAUCGGAUUACGGGAGCCAUUGGCGAGUAGAGGGAGGGAAGUUGUUGUGGCACGGCAUGAGAGACUGAAGUGUGUUCCCAGUCUGGUCCGGUCCGUUCUUGAUCCCCAGUUAAGGCCAGUGGUGGGUGUUCCCGGUACGGACCGGUCUGUUCCUACUCCACGCACCAGGUCCACGAUGUGCGUCGCCAGCCCGGCCCGGCCUGUUCCGGCCACUCGCACCAGGGAUAAGGUGCGCGUCGCCAGCCCAGCCCGGCCUGUUCCUGCUCCACGCACGAAUCCUACGGGGUGCGUUACCAGUCGGCCAGAGUCUGCCGUCUGCCCAACGGCGCCUGAACUGCCCGUCGGCCCUAUGGCGUCUGAACUGCCCGUUUGCCAAGCGCUGCAUAAGCCGCCCGUCUGUACUGAGCCUGCAAAGCCGUCCGUCUGCCAUGAGCCUUCAGAGCCUUCCGCCAGACAGGAGCCGCUAGAGCCUUCCGCCAGACAGAAUCAUACAUCUGCUAUGGAAUCAGCAGGAGCCGACGCAGCCCAUACUAGACUGGAAGCUCGGGUUCGGGACCAGGAAGAGCAGCUCCUGCAGAUGGGAGCCGCCCUGCUGGAGAUGUUGACUGCAAUCCGAGGCUGGGGUCCGCCUCCACCGCCAGUCUCCCAGCCAGCACCAUCAGCCAGCUAUGAGCAGCCAGAUCCGUCAGCCAGCCAUGAGCAGCCAGAUCCGUCAGCCAGCCAUGAGCAGCCAGACCCGUCAGCCAGCCAUGAGCAGCCAGAUCCGUCAGCCAGCCAUGAGCAGCCAGACCCGUCAGCCAGCCAUGAGCAGCCAGAUCCGUCAGCCAGCCAUGAGCAGCCAGAUCCGUCAGCCAGCCAUGAGCAGCCAGAUCCGUCAGCCAGCCAUGGGCAGCCAGAUCCGUCAGCCAGCCAUGAGCAGCCAGAUCCGUCAGCCAGCCAUGAGCAGCCAGACCCGUCAGCCAGCCAUGAGCAGCCAGACCCGUCAGCCAGCCAUGAGCAGCCAGAUCCGUCAGCCAGCCAUGAGCAGCCAGAUCCGUCAGCCAGCCAUGAGCAGCCAGAUCCGUCAGCCAGCCAUGAGCAGCCAGAUCCGUCAGCCAGCCAUGAGCAGCCAGAUCCGUCAGCCAGCCAUGAGCAGCCAGAUCCGUCAGCCAGCCAUGAGCAGCCAGAUCCGUCAGCCAGCCAUGAGCAGCCAGAUCCGUCAGCCAGCCAUGAGCAGCCAGAUCCUUCAGCCAGCCAUGAGCAGUCAGAUCCGUCAGCCAGCCAUGAGCAGCCAGAUCCGUCAGCCAGCCAUGAGCAGCCAGAUCCGUCAGCCAGCCAUGAGCAGCCAGAUCCGUCAGCCAGCCAGGAUCCGCCAGAGCCGUCCAGCCAGGAUCCGCCAGAGCCGUCCAGCCAGGAUCCGCCAGAGCCGUCCAGCCAGGAUCCGCCAGAGCCGUCCAGCCAGGAUCCGCCAGAGCCGUCCAGCCAGGAUCCGCCAGAGCCGUCCAGCCAGGAUCCGCCAGAGCCGUCCAGCCAGGGUCCGCCAGAGCCGUCCAGCCAGGGUCCGCCAGAGCCGUCCAGCCUGGAUCCGCCAGAGCCGUCCCGCCAGGAUCCGCCAGAGCCGUCCCGCCAGGAUCCGCCAGAGCCGUCCCGCCAGGAUCCGCCAGAGCCGUCCAGCCAGGAUCCGCCAGAGCCGUCCAGCCAGGAUCCGCCAGAGCCGUCCAGCCAGGAUCCGCCAGAGCCGUCCAGCCAGGAUCCGCCAGAGCCGUCCCGCCAGGAUCCGCCAGAGCCGUCCCGCCAGGAUCCGCCAGAGCCGUCCCGCCAGGAUCCGCCAGAGCCAGCCAGCCAGGAUCCGCCAUCUAGUCAGGUGAUGCCCCUUAGCCCGGUGCUGCCCCUUAGUCCGGUGCUGCCCUUUAGCCCGGUGCUGCCCCUGAGUCCGGUGCCGCCCCUUAGCCCGGUGCUGCCCCUUAGUCCUGUACUGCCCUUUAGUCCGGUACUGCCCCGUAGUCCGGUGCAGCCCCUUAGUCCGGUGCUGUCCCUUAGCCCGGUGCUGCCCCUUAUCCCGGUGCUGCCCCUUAUCCCGGUGCUGCCCCUUAGGCCGAUGCUGCCCCUUAGUCCGGUGUUGCCCCUUAGUCCAGGUGGGGUUAGUUGGAGGGUGGUCAUUGGGAGGAGGCUACCGAAGCAGGUUGUGACUGUGGUGGGGUGGGGAUCACGACCGGGGCCAGAGCCGCCACCAUGGACAGACGCCCACCCAGACCCUCCCCUAGUCCUGAUGUUGGUGCGCCCGGAGUUCGCACCUUUAGGGGGGGGGUACUGUGACACUCUGGCUCUAUGGACUUUGAGAAUUGAGCCAGGGUUGUUCAUUUUCAUGUGUUUGGGUGUAUUUCAUUUGGUGGUGUUGGGGAUGGGUGAGUUUCAUUUUGUUUGUGUCUAUGGUGAUUGGUCUGUGACUCCCAAUCGGAGGUAACGAGUGUCAGCUGUCGGCUCGUUAUCUCUGAUUGGGAGCCAUAUAUAUUCUGUGUGUUUUCUCCUUUGUUUUGUGGGUUAUUGUUUCUGUGUUGCUGUUAGUGUGUUUCAGUAUUUUUGAACUUCACGUAUCGUCAUUUGUUGUUUUCUUCGUGGUUGCUUUAUUAAUAAAGUCAUCAUGUUCACUCGCAACGCUGCGCAUUGGUCUCCUCCUUCAGACGAUCGUGACAGAGAACUUGUUCUCAACUGGCUUACCUGGUUAAAUAAAGGUGAAAUAAAUAAAUUAAAUAAAAAUAAAAUAAACACUUGUGAAAUGUAUCUGUGUGUUUGUAAAAGGCAUGUCCAUUAGUCCAUAUUUGUACUUUUUGUAAGUGUCGAGGUGAUUUAAUAUAACGAACAAUCUAAGUAUGUUAGUGAAGGUAUUUCUAUGUGAAUGUGUUAUACCUAUCUCUCUUCUCCUUCCCCUGUCUAUAUGCUUCUCUCCCUCUCCCUGCAGUGACUGGUACUAUGCUCGCAGCCCCUUGCUGAAAUCCCACCUCAGUGUUGACAUCAUAAGUCACCUGUAUGAGCUCAAUGAUGUCCAGUUUGAUGUGGCUUCCAGGGGUCAUGACCUUGACUCGUCCUGGCCCACCUUUGCAAGGUAACCAAUCGCAAAGGCAUUCUGUUUAUAAAUGCACCCCAUACUCAAGAUGCUGUGUGUUGGAUUGAGGAAUUGAUCAAAUGUAGACACUUGGUGAUGUCACAUCACAUGUGUGUUUUCUGAUCUCCAGGAGGACACUGGGCAUGCCCAACUCACCUGGCCACAUGUGGAAACCACCCAGUCGCAGCUCCAGCAUUAACAGCCUGGCCAGCACCUACUCACAGGUACUGACACAGCCCGCCUUCCUCCUCUGAGCGUUUACUCUACUGGGACUAAUAUGGUUCUAUUAUGAACUAGUCAUAUCUUGUCAGAUCAUACAGUAUUUCUAGUCAAGUCUUAACAAUGUGUCAAGUCUGCAGUACUCACUGUAAUACCCUGAUCCCAGCAGGCUCAUGAGUUCCCCGGCAGUCCUGAGUACGGCCCGGGCAUGCUGAGCGAGCUGAACGAGUCGCUGCCUUCUGGCGUGGAGGUGAGCAUGUUGGAAGAGCUCCGCCUGGAGCUGGACCAGUCAGAGCUGAAGCAGCGGGAGCUCCAGGACAGGGUGCGGCAGAUGGGAGAGGAGGGUGCCGAGCUCAAGGGCAUGGUGGUGGAGCUCCAGAGGCAGCUGGACGUGUCGCUGACCGCACAGGAGGAACAGCAGGGUAUGCAAGGCACCCUGAAAGCCCUGGAGAGGCGGGAGGAGGCCUUGUCCUGCGAGCUGGAGACCCUGAGGGCUGGGGAGAGGGCCAGGGAAGCAGAACAGCGCCACCUCCAGGAGAAGCUGAUGGCCGCAGAGGGGAGGAACGUAGAACUAAUGGCCAAGCUGGAUGGUGUGUUGGAUGAGAAGGGCCAGCAGGCGACCAGCUAUUUUGACUCAGCACAGAAGAUCCACGAGCUGCUGGACAGAGUGAAGGAGGCAGAGGGUGGGAAGAUAGUGGCUCUGGCAGAGGGAGAGGACAGGAGGAGGCAGGCCGAAAAGCUGGCAAAUGAGCUAAGGGUCAAGGAGGUGGCAGCAAAGGAGGAUGAGGCCAAGCUGGAGGCGCUGUCAAAGUCUGCUGCAGAGGAGAAGUCUAAGUUCGCAGAGUGUGCAGAGGAGCAGUGUAACGCCAUUGACAAGCUGCAGGGGGCGUUAACUUUGAGGGAGAAGGAGGCCAUCAACCUGCAGAGGCAGCUGCAUGACCUCCAGAGUGCUCUGGAAGUGAAGGGGAUACAGGCCGAGGAGGCCAGGGACAGGGCGCAGGAGGAGAAAGAGGAGAUCCAGGGAAGCAUGGGCAAUCUGAAAGAAGCCUUGGAGGUGGAACUCCUCUACCUGAAGGAGCAGUUGAAGAGCAGAGAGGUGGAGCUGCUCUCCAGCACCCAGAGGCUCCAGCACCUGGAGGUCCAGAGCCGUAGCCUGACCACAGAGCGGGACGGCCUGAGUGCCAACCUCUCCGAACUGGAGGCCAGCGUCAGGGAGCAGGCCAAUAGGAUCGAGGAGUACAAGACCCAGUGCACCAACCUGAUGGAGCUGAAUGGGAAGUUGCUGGGCACAGUGAAGAGGAAUGAGGAGCUGAAGAAGGAGCUGGCGGAGAGCCGGGCAGCCCUUGAGGGCGAGGUGGCUGCACUGAGGGCCUCUGACAAGCAGCUGAGGGGCCAGCUGGACGACGCCAAAGUGACUGUGGAUGAGAAAGACUGGAGGCUGCGUGAAGAGAACCGGGCCUUGGAUGAGAGUCUGCAGAGGGCAGCCAUGGCUGCAGAGGUUUCUGACGCCGCCGGCAAACGGCUGGAGCAGGAGAACCAAGGCCUGAGGGAGGAGCAGGCCACAGUAAGGGCGGCCCUGAGCUCAAUGCAGGAGGAGCUGAAGGCCAUCCACGGGCAGAUCGGAGAGCUGGAGAAGAGCUUGGGUCGGUCCCGCAGGAGUGAGGCCAGCCUGAAGGAGCAGCUCAAAGACCGGGAGGGCCAGCUAGAGAACCAGGAAAAGGGCUGUGUAGAGCUCCAGGCCAGGGUGGAGGCCCUAGAGGCCAGGGGAAGGGCACUGGAGAAGGCUAAGGCAGAUGCAGAAAAGGCCUGUGCCAAAAAGACAAAGCUGAUAGAGAGGUUCACCACCGAGAAGCAGACGGUGGAGAGAACCCAGCUAGAGAGGAGCUCUGCCCAGGCCAAGGAGAGCCAGGAGAUAGCCGCCAAACUGACCAUGGUGGAGGGCCAGCUGGAGGUGAACAUGAAGGAAGUGAUCAGGCUCCAGGCGGAAGUGCUGGAUCUGAGGGUGCAGCUGAACACCUCUGCGGAGGACAGGAUGAGGAGCCAGGCCCAGCUGGAGGUGACGGAGGCCCAGAGAGACGAACUCAGGACCCUAACAGAGCAGCUUAAAGCCCAGACCGAGGCACUCAACCAGAGGCACGUAGCCGAGCUCCUGCAGUGUAAUGAGAGGGAAGAGGCUCUGAGCAGGGAGCGUGACCGGGUGGAGGCAGCCACCCGGACAGAAUUGGCUGCCGCUGAGGCCUCCGCCAGGGGAGAGCUGGCCACACUCAAGGCCCAGAACGAGAGGCUGGCCAUGGAGAAUGUUGAGACACGCGAGGGCCUCCACCGGGCCAAUACAGAGAUGGCAGAGCUUGGGAUGACCAUCUGUAGACUGACAGCAGAAAGGGAGGAGGCCAAGGAAGGCUGGGCGGGGGAAGCAGGCAGGAUAGGGGAGCUAGAGGAGCGGACGUCCAGGGAGGUGGAGCGGCUGGAGGCCAGCAUGGCCACCCUUCGCCAGGAGAAUGCCAGCCUGAGAGAGGAGCUGAGGAUGAUGGAGAACCUUCCGGCAGCCAUGCUGGAGCUCCAAGAGAAGCUGGAGAAGGCGGAGGGCCAGGUGAGGAGCCUCAAAGACUCCAGUCAGGAGGAAAUGGAGGCGGUCAAGUUCCAGAUGAGCUCCGAGAGCAUGAAUCAUCAGAACCAGAUCAAGGUGAGUUUGACUGGAGUUCUGUGAAAAGCCUGGCCGUGGGGGAAACACGGACUGUAGCAAAAUCAUAUAAUUACGGCACCACAUGAAAGGGCAGUUUAUGCCGUAUUUCCAUACAGGAUUUACCCCAGUGUUUUACCCAAAAGUCUCAGACUUCUGUUUCCAUCUGUGCGGGCCGGCACCAGUGUCUCACUGGGCCAUGGCUCAGGCGGACCUGCUCUCACUUGGGGCCAAAGCCAUGCCACUGGUACUUUUCAGCGGACAUUUAAAUAACAAUGGAUAACUGUGGACUUUAACACCUCGUCACAAAGCAACUGUUUUGAUUGCUCUUCACAAGUCCUCACUGUCAGCCCUAGCUAUGGAAACACAAUUUCCUUAGUAUAACAUAAUGGUGUAUACACUAGUGUAACACUGGUGUUACAGUCGAAAAGCAGCAUUAAGAGCAAUGUGAUAAUCAGACAGACCACUUGGCACCAUUUGAACACGUGUGUUUUGCUCUCUGUCCAGAGUGUGAAUGAUGAGCUGGGGAAACUGAGAGUCCAGCUGCCAAAAGAGCAGGAGAAGGUGUCCGGUCUGGAGGCCAAAGUCUCAGAGUUAGAGGUCUGUAUCUUCACAUUAUUCACAUACAGUGCAUUCGGAAAGUAUUCAGACCCCUUGACUUUUUCCACAUUUUGUUACGUUACAGCCUUAUUCUAAAAUGUAUUAAAUUGUUUGUUUUCCCUUCAUCAAUCUACACACAAUACUCCAUAAUGACAAAGCAAAAACAGGUUAACAAUUUUUUUCAAAUGUAUUACAAAUAAAAAACAGAAAUAUCACAUUUACAUAAGUAUUCAGACCCUUUACUCAGUACUUUGUUGAAGCACCUUUGGCAGCGAUUACAGCCUUGAGUCUUCUUGGGUAUGACGCUACAAGCUUGGCACAUCUGUAUUUGGGGAGUUUCUCCCAUUCUUCUCUGCAGAUUCUCUCAAGCUCUGUCAGGUUGGAUGGGGAGCGUCGCUGCACAGCAAUUUUCAGGUCACUCCAGUAAUGUUCGACCGGGUUGAAGUCCGGGCUCUGGCUGGGCCACUCAAGGACAUUCAGAGACUUGUCCCGAAGGCACUCCUGUGUUGUCUUGGCUGUGUGCUUAGGGUCGUUGUCCUGUUGGAAGGUGAACCUUCGCCCCAGUCUGAGCUCCUGAGCGCUUUGGAGCAGGUUUUCAUCAAGGUUCUCUCUGUACUUUGCUCGGUUAAUCUUUCCCUCGAUCUUGACAAGUCUCCCAGUCCCUGCCGCUGAAAAACAUCCCCACAGCAUGAUGCUGCCACCACCAUGCUUCACCGUAGGGAUGGUGCAAGGUUUCCUCUGGACGUGACGCUUGGCAUUCAGACCAAAGAGUUUAAUCUUAGUUUCAUCAGACCAGAGAAUCUUGUUUCUCAUGGUCUGAGAGUCUUUAGGUGCCUUUUGGCAAACUCCAAGCGGGCUGUCAUGUGCCUUUUACUGAGGAGUGGCUUCCGUCUGGCCACUCUACCAUAAAGGCCUGAUUGGUGGAGUGCUGCAGAGAUGGUUGUCCUUCUGGAAGUUUCCUCCAUCUCCACAGAGGAACUCUGGAGCUCUGCCAGAGUGACCAUCAGGUUCUUGGUCACCUCCCUGACGAAGGCCCUUCUCCCCUGAUUGUUCAGUUUGGCCGGGCAGCCAGCUCUAGGAAGAGUCUUGGUGGUUCCAAACUUCUUCCAUUUAAAAAUGAUGGAGGCCACUGUGUUCUUGGGGACCUUCAAUGCUGCAGACAUUUUUUGGUACCCUUCCCCAGAUCUGUGCCUUGACACAAUCCUUUGACCUCAUGGCUUGGUUUUUGCUCUGACAUGCACUGUCAACUGUGGGACCUUAUAUAGACAGGUGUGUGCCUUUCCAAAUCAUGUCCAAUCAAUUGAAUUUACCACAGGUGGACUCCAAUCAAGUUGUAGAAACUUCUCAAGUAUGAUCAAUGGAAACAGGAUGCACCUGAACUCAAUUUCGAGUCUCAUAGCAAAGGUUCUGUAUAUAAGGUAUUUCAUUGGUAAUACAUUUGCAAAAAUUUCUUAGAACCUGUUUUCACUUGUCAUUACGGGGUAUUGUGUGUAGAUUGAUGAGGAAUUUUUAUAAUUUAAUCCAUUUUAGAAUAAGGCUGUAACGUAACAAAAUAUGGAAAAAGUCAAAGGAUACUUUCCGAAUGCACUGUAUGACAAGAGUACAAUAUAAUAGACACAGUCUUCAAUCCCUUGUCUGUAAUGUCUUUUGUCUGUAAUGUAUUUUUCGUUAUGUGUCGGACCCCAGUAAGACUAGCUGUCGCCAUUGGCGUCGGCUAAUGGGGAUCCUAAGAAAUCAAAAUCAAGAUACAUACAGUAGAACACUUUGGGAUACACUGGCACCGGAAAAAAUAAUUGGCUAAAUGGCAUGUCUGUUCAGCACUGUCUCUAGACCCAAUUGAAAUAGCUGCCAUUGAAAUAGCUGCCAUUUAAAUAGCUGCCAUUUAAAUAGCUGAAAGUAAAGAAGCAGUGAUAAGAAUCUGUAAGAUGAUGAAAUAAAUGGGGAGAUGCCAAAGUGAGAUGUGUCACAUCCAGCCUGUCUGCUCUGGCGUACCUUUUUACGUUUUCAUUAGAGAUACCUAGGAAUAAAUAUGAGGGAGGCCAAAGGGGCAAAUAAAUGAAUAUGAGAGAGAGGGCGAGAAGAGCAGGCCUGUACACACUUGACUGGGUUAAUUCAUACGACACAGAUUAGAGCCCAGUGUUCAUCAACCGAGUUUGAUAAAACAGAGGUCUUAAUCUCCUUCCUCUCCUAGAGAGGAUGUGACACGUUGUAAUUCAUCUGCCUGUACUGUAAUACUUUGCUAUGAUAAUUGAGUGAAGAAGGAGAGAGAUAGGCCGUUCAUUUACAAAGCAUCGCUCCUCUGUAGACUUCUUAAUCCUUGGUCUAUAUUCAUUUAUCAACCGAUCAAACACUAUAAAGAAUGGAGACGGUCGAAUAAAAGGGUAAAAAGUUCACCUGUUUCUGAAAGGUUGUUUGUUCUUUUUUUUUAAACUACUGCAUGUUAUGAUUAUAUGUGAUGAAGGGGGUGAAUGAGGAGUACUCACGGCUGAUUGGAGAGAAGGAUGCUCACAUCACAAAGUCGGAAUCCGCCAUUCGUCAGAGUGAGGGAGAGAUUCAGCACCUGAGAGACUCUGUCACCAGGUAAGGCUAUAACCCCGCCGUUGACCUAUUAUACCCCAAACAGAAAACAACCUCUCCAUUUAGAUGAACUAAGUAGCCCCUGUCUUUAAGAUAUAUAUGUUUAAACGCAUCAUACAGAAUGGACAAGACAAUUCUGUCUACUAUUCUCUUAUGUGAGUGGACAAGUCAGAGAUGAUGCAGUCAAAACCAUGUAAUCGUACACACUCCCUCUUCCAUUCUCUUAAAUUAACUGUCCAGUAUUUCCAGUUUUCUAUGAAUUAUGAACUAUAAUUAAUUAUAAUAUGAGUGAAAUCGUUUUUCUUCCAAAUCGUUUUUAUUAAGUAUGUUAAAAAACAGCUUUUAUGUGUUGGAAUUGUGUGGACGUACCACAAUAACAAAAUGGUGUGGGCGUAUACCGGUCAUUCAAAAUAUUAAUGCGAGUAGACCGCUGAUUGGCCAGCUCUGCCAAUGAGCCAACAUGAUAUCAUGUUCUAUGAGGAAAUAGCAAGCAUUUUUUAAACAGUCUUUUUGAGAUACAAAUUUGAGGUGGGGUUUUUGAAGUGUUUUUUCUCCAAUUUAUGUUUUGGCCACAAAUACAAGUUUAGGAUGAGUCAACAACAUUAUUUGGGAUGAGUUAACAGAAUAUUACCUUUUACAAAUGUUCAGUGGACAGUUAAAGCCAAUUUAUGCUUAUUCCAGAAAUGCUAUCCGGAGGCUCCGUACAGAGAUUGUAAUGCACUGUGGAGCCUCCGGAGGCUUGCAAAGGCCAAAUCGAGCUCCGUACCGCAUCGCUGUGUGCCUCUCAAAUUUUGUAACAAUGCGGAGGGCUCCGUAUAGCUCCGCAUUGACAUGAUUGGGAAGACGGUAGGUGGGGGCGGGAGGUCCUGUAUAAAUACAAACUAGCUUCCUUGACAACAGCUCGGCUCUGCUCCGCGAAGCGCAAGAAGUAUGGAUGCUCUGCCUUCUGUGGAGUCCGCAUCGCAGUAAACGCUGCAGAUGAUGGAUUGACCAUGCAGAGCCUUUUACUUUCAUAUUUCUCUCUCCCUUAUCUCUCUGUCAUUUAGUGCUGAGGAGGCUCUCUCCACGGUCCAGGCGGUGUGUGAGGAGCUAAAGCAGAAACUGGAGCAGGCCGAGGUGGACAAACGUAGUUAUUACCUCAGGACGACCGCAGAGAUCGACGACCUCUACCGAACCAAGAGCACCCUGGAGGAGCGCCUCAUCGAACUUAUAAAGUACGAUCUAGUACCUCCUCUGCACUGUCCUGAGCGCGGGUAGAAAAACACAAAGCGACAGCUGAACCUUUGAUCAGUAGAUCUGGGAUGGGCUUUUGUUUAGAAACUGGAAAGGGUGUUGAUGUUGUUUUCUACCUUCGUUUGGGUGAUCAGAUAGCAAGGUAUUUCUGGUUCUACCCUCUUGGCUGAGUCCUGUGGGGAGUGUGUCCUCUGAGGAUGCUCUCCCAUAGCGAGCACAGUGUCGGUCUUUGUAAUGCCAUCUCACCACUGACAAUCUCAUCUGAUGAAAAGGAGGGAGGGAGGGAAAGGAAAAGAGGUGGAUUGUGGAAAAGGAUGUAGGUGAAUGACACAGAGGUGGGUGAAAAAUAAAGAAGUUGUUUGGAGACUAAGAGAGACCGCUUCUGAAUUUCAAAUCAACCCCUAGGCACUUCUGUAGGUGUGAAAUGAUUGGUUAGGUGUAUCCAAUAUGGCAAAAUGGGCAUCUAGACUACCAGAGGGCAAGAUGAAAGAAUUGCUAUAUAUCUUAUACAUAUCCGAUUCUUUCAGAUCUUUGCCAAGGAGUAGUCCAUUCGGAAUUCAGAAAGAGUCCAAGAUAUCAAAGAGGAAGACAGCGAGAGGGGGAUAUCAAGGAGGAAGACAGUGAGAGGGGGAUAUGAAGGAGGAAGACAGUGAGAGGGGGAUAUGAAGGAGGAAGACAGUGAGAGGGGGAUAUGAAGGAGGAAGACAGUGAGAGGGGGAUAUCAAGGAGGAAGACAGUGAGAGGGGGAUAUGAAGGAGGAAGACAGUGAGAGGGGGGAUAUGAAGGAGGAAGACAGUGAGAGGGGGAUAUGAAGGAGGAAGACAGUGAGAGGGGGAUAUCAAGGAGGAAGACAGUGAGAGGGGGAUAUGAAGGAGGAAGACAGUGAGAGGGAUAUGAAGGAGGAAGACAGUGAGAGGGGGAUAUCAAGGAGGAAGACAGUGAGAGGGGGAUAUGAAGGAGGAAGACAGUGAGAGGGAUAUGAAGGAGGAAGACAGUGAGAGGGGGAUAUCAAGGAGGAAGACAGCGAGAGGGGGAUAUGAAGGAGGAAGACAGCAAGAGGGGGAUAUGAAGGAGGAAGAGAGCGAGAAGGGGAUAUGAAGGAGGAAGACAGCGAGAGGGGGAUAUGAAGGAGGAAGACAGCGAGAGGGGGAUAUGAAGGAGGAAGACAGCGAGAGGGGGAUAUGAGGGAGGAAGACAGUGAGAGGGGGAUAUGAAGGAGGAAGACAGUGAGAGGGGGAUAUGAAGGAGGAAGACAGCAAGAGGGGGAUAUGAAGGAGGAAGACAGCGAGAGGGAUAUGAAGGAGGAAGACAGCGAGAGGGGGAUAUGAAGGAGGAAGACAGCGAGAGGGGGAUAUGAAGGAGGAAGACAGCGAGAGGGGGAUAUGAAGGAGGAGAGGAAAGAACAGAAAGCGACAGCUCUCUCUCUCGCUCUCUCUCUCUCUCUGUCUCUCUCUCUCUCUCUCUCUCUCUCUCUCUCUCUCUCUCUGUCUGUGUCUGUGUUUCUGUGUGUGUCUCUCUCUGUGUGUGUAUCUCUCUCUGUGUGUGUAUCUCUCUCUGUGUGUGUCUCUCUCUGUGAGUGUGUGUGUGUCUCUCUGUGUGUGUGUCUCUGUGUGUGUGUGUGUGUGUCUCUCUGUGUUUUUGUGUCUCUCUCUGUGUGUGUGUGUGUGUGUGUCUCUCUCUGUGUGUGAAUCUUCCAUUUGCAUAGCUCUCAUCCCAGUAGGGAAUAAAACACAAUGGCCGCUCCCUGGGGUGUCCUUAAUUCCCUUCAAUCUCUUUUGUUUAUCUUCAUUUACUCCUUCAUUUUUUUAUAUUCCAACUGCUCAUUGGCAGAGAGACAUACAUCAGAACGGGGUCGUUGGAAGUGCAUGUUAAGUUAGAUUAGGACAAUUAAUUAAUUAAUUAAUUAAUUAAUUAGGACAAGAAACCAUGCCUGAACAAACCUAACUGAGCAGAUAAUUGCCUGAUGAUCAGAGUGGAACAACCAGACUGAUAUAAUCAUGUUCUUUUUGGCAGCAGGUCCUGCACUCUAAAGGCAUCCGCAUGCUGUCACGCUCGUCGUAGGGAAUAGAGGAGGACCAAGGCGCAGCGUUGCAGGCAAACAUACUAUUUAUUAUGAGACACGAUCAAAAUAACAAACGAUACGUGACAGUUCACGGUUUACCAUAAACAGACUAGAAACAAAAUCCCACAAACACGAAUGAAAAACCGACUGUUUAAAUAUGGCUCACAAUCAGAGACAACCAGCUGACAGCUGACACUCGUUGCCUCUGAUUGGGAGUCACAGGCCAACAUAGAAAUAAGCAAACUAGACCCACAACCUACAACACAAAACAUAGAAACUAACACCCUGGCUCAACAUAUGAGAGUCCCCCAAGCCAGGGCGUGACAGUACCCCCCCCUAAAGGCGCGGACUCCGACCGCGCCAACCAAACACAACAGGGGAGGGACCGGGUGGGCACUCCGCCUAGGCGGCGGAUCCGGCUCCGGGCAUGAUCCCCACUCGCUCUCUAACCCCCCAAAGUUCCCCUGGUCCGGUCUGGCCCUGCUGACCGGAGCUGGACUGCACACUGGUGGAGCGGAUUGCUCUAGCUCCGGCGUAACGCAUCUGACCGGUGCCGGACCAGGCACCAGUGGAACAGGCACGGGCCGUGCCGGACCGACGACGCACACCACUGGCUUGGUGUGGGGAACAGGCACGGGCCGUGCUGGACUGACGACGCACACCACUGGCUUGGUGUGGGGAGCAGGAGCGGGCCGGACAGGGCUGACGAAACGCACCACAGACUUGGUGCGGGGAGCAGGAAUGGGCCGGACUGAGCUGGCGACGCGCACCACAGACUUGGUGCGGAGAGCAGGAACGGGCCGGACAGGGCUGACGAAACGCACCACAGACUUGGUGCGGGGAGCAGGAAUGGGCCGAGCCGGGCUGACGAAACGCACCACAGACUUGGUGCGGGGAGCAGGAAUGGACCGGACCGUACUGGGGACACACACCACUGGCCCUACACCGGGAUCUGGAACGGGCCGGACCGGACUGGCAACACACGCCAGUACCUCUCGCCGUGCCUCUACAUCUUCCACCCCCUCUUCGGCCAGUGGCCCCCGUAACCUGGCGGCCUCCUCUGCCAACCCGCUGGACCGCUCUAUCGCGGCCUCCUGCUGCCCCGACGUCGUGAGCCCCCCCCCUAAAAAUUUUCUGGGGGUCUCCCUCCCCGUGGGCCAUGCCUCUAUAGUUCUCGCCCAACUCUCGCUCUUCUGCCUCCAACUCCCGCUAUUCAGCUCCUCAAUUGGCUUGACCCAGUCAAAGCUCUUCCUCCAUUGUUCCCAAGUCCACUCUCUCCGCUCUUCACUCGGCUUGACCCAGUCGAGGCUGCCACGGAUAUCUGCUAGGGAUUUCCCUGGCGAUGGCUCCUCGACUCGCUGCUUGGUCCAGUUGUGGUGGGAUUUUCUGUCACGCUCGUCGUAGGGAAUAGAGGAGGACCAAGGCGCAGCGUUGCAGGCAAACAUACUAUUUAUUAUGAGACACGAUCAAAACAACAAACGAUACGUGACAGUUCACGGUUUACCAUAAACAGACUAGAAACAAAAUCCCACAAACACGAAUGAAAAACCGACUGUUUAAAUAUGGCUCCCAAUCAGAGACAACCAGCUGACAGCUGACACUCGUUGCCUCUGAUUGGGAGUCACAGGCCAACAUAGAAAUAAGCAAACUAGACCCACAACCUACAACACAAAACAUAGAAACUAACACCCUGGCUCAACAUACGAGAGUCCCCCGAGCCAGGGCGUGACACAUGCUUCCCAGCUGGAAGAGUUUGUGCAUAUAUUAUGAUGACAUUUUGUGAUGUUUUUGUUCGUUUUGGACUGCGUUAAUGUUUUUUUCAGUUGUUCGGGCACACAAUUUUUUUUCUUGAGGCAAGCCGAUGUCGGUAGCCGAAUUCUACGCCCCUUCGUCUGUGAUUGGUCAACAGUAGGGAUUCUUCAGCAAAGUCUUUGUUGUCAUUCAACGAGAGACAACUCGUUUUCAUGCACAUUUUUUCAUUGAGAAAUACUGCACCAAACAUCUUAGUUAGAUGUAAACUUGGCGACUAAGAUCUCCUCAGCAAAAAGUCAAAAUUAAUGACAGAUUUCUUGAGUUAUUUUAGAUUAAUUCUGUGUAUACUGGCUACAGCGUCUCUAAAUGGACAAACAGUACUAUAGCCGCUUUUUUCGCGUUUUUCAAGCGAAUGUCUUUUAAGGGAGUAUGCGAGCACACUCGUUCGGUUCGCCUAGCCGACUUCGGCUAGCCACCAGCCGAACUGAAGCAUGCUGACGCCUUAACCCCCCACCUGUGUGUGUCUUUGUAUGUCUUCAUGUGAUCUUUUGGGUCCUUUGUACUUCGAUGCUGGAUCCAAACAUUCCAAAUGUAUUCACAGUGUGUAUGUGCUCCGGCAGGGAUAAGGAUGUUCUGUGGCAGAAGUCGGACGCUCUGGAGUUUGAGCAGAAGCUGUGGACAGAGGAGCGUUUGUUACAGGACAAGGAGACCACCCACUGCCUGGGCUGCCAGGCCCAUUUCACCUGGUGGCUACGCCGACACCACUGCAGGUGGGCACUGAGAGGGCGCUGACUCACUAGAUGGCCUUGUUAUGUCUUGUUACGGGAACAAUGGACAACAUGUUAAGCACUAUUAGCUAUUAGCAACACAACCAGAUAGCAGAGGAAGAGUAGGCAUUGAUUGAGAUUUCAACUUGUGUUUUCACACACAAUAGACUGCCAGUCUUGGCCAGGAUUUGGUGUAGUGAUCAGGGUAGGUGUAGUGGAAAAAGGAAGUACUGGCUGUACUCACAGGAAGCUGUAAUGGGAAUACUUUUAUUGUUUUUAGAGCUGACUGUUCAGCCUGGUCAUGUCAGAGAGAGUCAGUGGCUUUGUUGACUCUUCCAUUUUUUCCGUAUCGUGGCUUCCAAACACUACAGUCUGACUGGUAAUUCAGUAUUUGAAUUUAACUUCUGAAUUGAUGUUGAGUGAAAAGGUGAUCCGCUCUAUCGCUAACCUUGUUUGAACUGUGAUACAAUAGUUUCCAGAAUUGAGACAAUCUGAGAGGUUUCAUGUUUUGGGUGAUACGAUGCUACACUCUUCUUGUUUCAGGCUGUGUGGACGCAUCUUCUGCUACUACUGCAGUAACAACUUUGUGAUGACCAAGCACAGUGGGAAAAAGGAGCGUUGCUGCAGGGAUUGUUACUCCCAGCACAGCGCCGUGGUGGAGAGGUUCACAGAGGGUGAGCUGAGCCCCUCCGACACCCAGCCACCUCCCCCCGGAGUUGGGCCUCACUCACCUCCCGAACCAGCCCACUACAAACCCACUCCCAGGGUUAAAGGUGAGAUAUAGAUGGACACACAUAUGCACACGCACAAAUAUCAUAACCCCCAAUACAUGCUAACCUCUCACCAUUACAAUAACGGGAGGUUAGCUUUUUUGGGGGGGUAUGAUAUUUAUGCCUCUGUAACUUUCGCACUCAUCAUUAUUCACAAUUAAUUCAGGACUAUCCAUAAUCAUGGAAGCAUCCACAUUAAUGUAGAAGUGUUUAGAAACAUAUUAUAUUCUUAUUUAAAAUAAAAGUGACUCCAAAAUGACACACUACAUUAUUUACCAUUCAUUUCUAUUGGGGACAAAAUAAUCUGAAACACAACCAAAACAAACAGCAAAUGCAUCUAACAAAUGUGUAAAGUCACGAGAUUGAUGUAAUCAUUGUGUGCUAGGAAUAUGGGACCAAAUACUAAAAAAACGUUUGACUACUUAAAUACACAUAUAAGUGAAUUUGUCCCAAUACUUUGGUCCCCUAAAAUGGGGGGACUAUGUACAAAAAGUGAUGUAAUUUCUAAACGGUUCACCUGUUAUGGAUGAAAAUACCCUCAAAUUAACAACCAAAAAUGUGUUACCAAUACUUUUGUAGCUUACUGUAGAUGGACACACACAUGCAUACACGCACACAAUUCUAGUAUGCACACUUACACACCCGCACAUACAAAGGAGCCUCUGUACCCUGCGGAAUAAGGACAGGAACCAUAUAACUCCACCCGGCACAGCCAGAAGAGGACUGGCACCCCUCAGAGCCUGGUUCCUCUCUAGGUUUCUUCCUAGGUUCCUGCCUUUCUAGGGAGUUUUUCCUAGCCACCGUGAUUCUACAUCUGCAUUGCUUGCUGUUUGGGGUUUUAGGAUGGGUUUCUGUAUAGCACUUUGUGACAUCUGCUGAUAUAAAAAGGGCUUUGUAAAUAAAUGUGAUUGAUUCUAGGGGUUUACCUUGUUCUGAGCAAAAAGGGAAACACUGUUAAGGUACUGGGUGCCACCUCAAUUUCUUAAUCUCCCUUCUGCUUUACUGCUUUCAUUUAAAAAAAGAUUGAAAAUGGCAAAACCCGCAGCAGAGGUUGCCUUGGCAAUCAUCGGUCUUGUUUUGUCACAACAUGGUACUGGGAAGUCAAAAUGUACAACUACUAGAGAAAUUACAUUUCAAGAAAUCUUUCUAGUCCAUAAAGGGCAUUUCUGUUGUGGAAGGUUACAGAGCAUAACAACAAAUCCCAAUGACAUACAUCAUCAUCACACAUAUGAAACCUGGCAGACAAGAUAAGCAGGGGUGGAAGUAAGCCGGAACCGGCAAAAUAAAUAGUGGGAGUACACCGUACCGGUAAAACAUGAGCCUAUCACAAUAAUUAAAACAUAGAUUCCAAGAAAACUUAAGGCUAUUACACUAUUUAUCAUUACCACACGUCGGUCGCAUGAAGAAUUAGUGAAUAGACUUAAAGUUGUGGAAUAGGUUCCAAAAUGCGGUGUGGUUCGACGGUAACGCAGACAUUUUGCCAAGGCAAAGAUGAGUGACCGAGACGCGCGGACGACAGUGUACGCAUCAAUUCAGGUUACAAGAUUUGUGUAGGCCUAAUGAAUGACAAUAACCGAAUGUCAUUCAUACAACUUUUAUUUUAGAGUGGAGUAGCCUAAUAGUUGGAAUAGUAACUGAAGUCUGGACACUGACUGUAGACCAAAUGUUAAUUUUGUCUACAGUGGAGAAAUAUGAUUUAUUUAUUUCAGCAUCUUGAGAGAAUGCGAAUGUGUGCUUAGGGACCUGGGCCCAGAUUCACAAAACACUUCUUACAAAAAAUAAAAAUAAAUAAUAAUACAGUGCAAUUCCUCAACAAUAUUUUAAGUUGUAAUGAUUUUCUUACAAACUUUUCAAAUAUCUUCUUAUUAACUUCUUAACUAUCUUCUUAAGAUCAUAAUCAAUGUUAAAAUAUUCAAUACUGAAACUUUCAGAUAAAGUCUCUGAGUGAAUUAAACAUGUUCAAUUGCUUUCAUUAGCUUAUUCUCUCACUUCCCCGAGUUUAAGACAAGGGUUUAGCUGUCUUGGAAUUAAGAACAUUUCCAAUAACUUUAUUUUCAAGAAUCUUAUUUCUUCUUAACUUUUUGCUUAAGGAGAAACAUAAGAAAUAAUGCAAAAACAUUUCCAAGAACCUUUUUGAGGAAUAGCAACUUUGCUAGUUCUGCCGUCCCUGAGUAACGUGCGCUGGUAGCCUACACGUUGACUGGCUACCCAAACUCCUUGCUCCGGCCAAACGCUACGCCACGCGUUAGUUUCUUCUCCGCAAUGAGUCUGGAUCUGAGUACCUUGCCGACGAUUUCUAGAACGCAAACACAUUCUAACUGUUCUAAAUGGUCCCAGAAUCCGAUGGGUUGGGACAGAGCCAGAACACGUGGAUAAAGCAGCGUUUUGAACAUCCGUCAUUGGCUUUGAUACUCUGAUUGGUUAGAGGUGAUUCAAUCGCUGAUUACUUUGUUUUGUACAACACCCCUCAUUUUGACGUCACCACAAACGACUUCAACAAUGGCAGUCUCAGACUAAAGUAUCUAGCAAACAUAGAGCAGCGGAAUAAUUAAGUUUGUCUCGUCAGGCAAGCCUACAUGAGCCUUUUUAAGUAAUUGUUUGACAAUCAGAUAAAAAAAAAUCAUGACUGGUUAUGUUUAUGCCACAUUAAACGGUAGGCUAAUACAUUUUAAAAGUUCAACAACAUAUCUUCACUAUUAGGCCCAUAAAGAUCCUAUUAAAUUAAUAGGGAUUCUAUAUGUAAUUCUAUGAUUAGGCCCAUAAAGAUGCUAUUAAAUUAAUAGGGAUUCUAUAUGUCAUUCUAUGAUUAGGCCCAUAAAGAUGCUAUUAAAUUAAUAGGGAUUAUAUAUGUCAUUCUAUGAUUAGGCCCAUAAAGAUCCUAUUAAAUUAAUAGGGAUUCUAUAUGUAAUUCUAUGAUUAGGCCCAUAAAGAUGCUAUUAAAUUAAUAGGGAUUCUAUAUGUCAUUCUAUGAUUAGGCCCAUAAAGAUCCUAUUAAAUUAAUAGGGAUUCUAUAUGUAAUUCUAUGAUUAGGUCCAUAAAGAUCCUAUUAAAUUAAUAGGGACUCUAUAUGUCAUUCUAUGAUUAGGUCCAUUUUUAAAAAAGGAAGUGCUUGAACACAUAGGAGGUCCCCGUACCGGGAAGAAAUUAAAUCUACUUUCACCCAUGAGGAUAAUAGAUAGGCUGGUAAGUACAGCAAGAGAAAAGCCUUGGUGAUCACAAUCUGUUGUACAUAAACACACAAUGUGAACAUCACUAUGGCUUUUCUCUGUGUAAAACAUGUAUGACUGUCUGGUAUAGAAUAGGUAUAGGUUUGACUUCCUGUUAUGUCUUAUUUAGCUCUUAUGAAGGCUUUAUGAAUGCAUACAUAAGAGGCUACAGUGAAGUGUUACAGGUACAUGACUGGUUUGACGUCCUGUUUCCUGUGUAGUGUCGGACCCCAGCGCCAAGUCUGAUGACGCGGCCUAUGACAUCAUCACAGAGGAAGAAGUGAACGGGACAUACUACAGCAACUCGCUGUCCCAAACAACAGGGGGCUCACUGGAGUGGGAACAGGACGCACGGACACCGGGGGCACUAGACAUGUGAGUGCAACCAGACAUGGACAGAUACCUAGCCAAAUAAAACACACACACACACACACAGCAUUCACAGUCCAAGUGUACAGUCAUGACAAACUCUCUCUCAGACAGUCAUGACAAAGUCAUGCUAAACUCUCUCUCAAAGAGUCAUGACAAACUCUCUCUCAGAUCUCUGAAAGACAUGCACUCAUUUCAUGACAAUAAGUUCAGAGUGACCUUCACACACUCUGCUGCCUUCCAUAUAUGAACACACGCUGCUGAAAUGAUUGUAAAUGGAAGUCAUGAGCAGACCAAGGAGAAACCCAGGAGUUAACAAUGGGAGAGAAAAUGACCGUGAAUUUAUGCAUCCAGAGGUGCGAUUUAAAACAUCCAGAUUUAUAAGUGUGAUUUCUUAUAUCAUCAUCUCCCGUUUUGGAGAAUAUUCUAAUCUCAGAUGAUGCUUCGGCCUGAUUUUACCCUUGUCUGUAAGGUGUGUUGUUAUCAAAAAACUCACCAUGAACAAAGUGAGUGAUGUCAGCCAAGAUCAUUCCAGAAAUCGAUUUGUGACUCACCAUAGCCAUGGUCAAUAAGUCACUCCCUUCACGUUCAUCAGUCCUCUGAGAAACCUUGGAAACCUACAGCUUUAUUUGUCUCACUUUGUAUCCUUCUGGUGAUCUAGUCGAUCACGGAGCCAAGCUGAGCCAAGCCUAGCUGUACUGGGCCAGGUUACACAUCCACCAUAGAUACUAGAACCGUGCUGGAAAGGACAAUGUGAAAGCAUAACAUAUGGUCCAGCACAGCACGGUACGGUUCUGGUCAGCCCCAUAUUAUUAAUCAGCCAAUAGGCACAGUAGAUACAGUGGGGAGAACAAGUAUUUGAUACACUGCCGAUUUUGCAGGUUUUCCUACUUACAAAGCAUGUAGAGGUCUGUAAUUUUUAUCAUAGGUACACUUCAACUGUGAGAGACGGAAUCUAAAACAAAAAUCCAGAAAAUCACAUUGUAUGAUUUUUAAGUAAUUCAUUUGAAUUUUAUUGCAUGACAUAAGUAUUUGAUACAUCAGAAAAGCAGAACUUAAUAUUUGGUACAGAAACCUUUGUUUGCAAUUACAGAGAUCAUACGUUUCCUGUAGGUCUUGACCAGGUUUGCACACACUGCAGCAGGGAUUUUGGCCCACUCGUCCAUACAGACCUUCUCCAGAUCCUUCAGGUUUCGGGGCUGUCGCUGGGAAAUACGGACAUUCAGCUCCCUCCAAAGAUUUUCUAUUGGGUUCAGGUCUGGAGACUGGCUAGGCCACUCCAGGACCUUGAGAUGCUUCUUACGGAGCCACUCCUUAGUUGCCCUGGCUGUGUGUUUCGGGUCGUUGUCAUACUGGAAGACCCAGCCACGACCCAUCUUCAAUGCUCUUAUUGAGGGAAGGAGGUUGUUGGCCAAGAUCUCGCGAUACAUGGCCCCAUCCAUCCUCCCCUCAAUACGGUGCAGUCGUAUCGUGUCCUCUGGAUCAUCCAGAUGGUCAUUGGCAAACUUCAGACGGGCCUGGACAUGCGGUGGCUUGAGCAGGGGGACCUUGCGUGCGCUGCAGGAUUUUAAUCCAUGACGGCGUAGUGUGUUACUAAUGGUUUUCUUUGAGACUGUGGUCCCAGCUCUCUUCAGGUCAUUGACCAGUUCCUGCCGUGUAGUUCUGGGCUGAUCCCUCACCUUCCUCAUGAUCAUUGAUGCCCCACGAGGUGAGAUCUUGCAUGGAGCCCCAGACCGAGGGUGAUUGACCGUCAUCUUGAACUUCUUCCAUUUUCUAAUAAUUGCGCCAACAGUUGUUGCCUUCUCACCAAGCUGCUUGCCUAUUGUCCUGUAGCCCAUUCCAGCCUUGUGCAGGUCUACAAUUUUAUCCCUGAUGUCCUUACACAGCUCUCUGGUCUUGGCCAUUGUGGAGAGGUUGGAGUCUGUUUGAUUGAGUGUGUGGACAGGUGUCUUUUAUACAGGUAACGAGUUCAAACAGGUGCAGUUAAUACAGGUAAUGAGUGGAGAACAGGAGGGCUUCUUAAAGAAAAACUAACAGGUCUGUGAGAGCCUGAAUUCUUACUAGUUGGUAGGUGAUCAAAUACUUAUGUCAUGCAAUAAAAUGCAAAUUAAUUACUUAAAAAUCAUACAAUGUUUUCUGGAUUUUUGUUUUAGAUUCCGUCUCUAACAGUUGAAGUGUACCUAUGAUAAAAAUUACAGACCUCUACAUGCUUUGUAAGUAAGAAAUCCUGCAAAAUCGGCAGUGUAUCAAAUACUUGUUCUCCCCACUGUAUGUGGUUAUGAGGAGCUAUGUCGUAAAUCAAUACCGUCUUUUGUCAUGUGACCCGUGACCUGCAGAUGCACAGGAGCCGUGACCCAAGACGACCAGGAAGAGAAUGUACCAACUGUGCAGGACACAGAGAUCACCCUUCUCAAGUCUGGAGAAGUCACGUGAGUCUAGAACCUUGCGUGCACACACACACUUGCACACCUGUACACACACACGCACACACACACAAUCACACACACGUAUGGUGGCAAUAAAAGCACUACCAUUACAGCUUCCUCUGGCAGUACUUCCUUUUUCCACUACACCUACCCUAAUCACUACACCAAAUCCCGGCCAGGACUGGCAGUGUAUUCUGUGUGAAAACUCAAGUUGAAAUCUCAGUCAAAUCAAUGCCUACUCUUCCUCUACUAUCUGGUUGUGUUUCCAGGCUGGUUGUCCCUCUCAGCAUCGAAGACAUUUCUCAGUUUGGCGACGGCUCCCGAGAGCUCUUUGUCAAGUCCAGUUGCUACAGUGUGAUCACCAUCGCCGUGGUCGAUUGCGGGCCUACCGUGAGCUGGGUGUUCUCCUCGGAGCCCAAGAGCAUCUCUUUCAGCGUGGUGUACCGUGAGACUGCCGACGUCCCAGUGGAACAGUCC